CUUCAAUAUCACCUCCCAGGACAUUUUGCUCCUCCUCCUAAAAACAUACUUUUUAAGGGGAUUUUCCAUCUAUUCCCUUGCUUUCUGAGAACAGCUGAAACUGAGCGGACUGAGUCGGCAAGCUCUGAGUUUCUCACUCGUGUCUCACGGUCAAGGCUGUAUAGGGAAUUUUCACAAACCAGGGACACGGCUAGAACAGGGAAUACAAGAUCCCUUGAACAGAUGAUGCUGAUGUCACUCUUUGUUCUUUUUUUGGUUGUCCUCAGUCAGCCAUCAGGACUCCUGGCUGUAGUCGACAUGAAGUGCAGUGCCGAGAGUCGCGACAGAAGCGCUGUGCUGACAUGUGUAGCAGCUGGAAACUGUGAAGAGCAAGUCACCAUUGCUCACCUCAUGUGGAAAAGGGAUUCAGUGCCACUUGUUACACUGUCAGAAAACGGAAUUGAGAGCAAGGAACCAGAGCGCUUUGAAUUAAAGGAGGAGCCAUGGCAUGCCGAUUCCUGGGCCACUUCUCUGCAGAUAAACAACGUUAAAAGUCAGGACAAGGGAAAAUACAGCUGUAGUGUAAUCACUGAUUGUGGUACAUGGAAAGGAUCAGUUCAUUUGGACAUUCCAGAAACCGUGGAACUCCCGAAUCCGACACCACCACCACCACCGUCAGCAGAUAAUGGAGUAAUUGGAAAACGGGAACAGGACCCGAUACCCCCUGCUGAAAACACAGGACACCAUAAAGCAGCACUGGCAGGAACCGUUGCAACCCUUGUUGUGCUGAUUGCUGUGCUUGUUGCUGUGCGAAAACGGCAUCUCAUUGAGCAGCAGACGAGCAGGUUGCGGUUCAUUUUCCAUAAAAGAGCCGCACAAGCAGAAGAGGAACAGGAGCAGUACAUCAAGAACAUCAGGGAAGAGCAUGAUCCAGUGUAGAGAAGAUGGCACAGACACAAAUUUGGGGGUGAAAACUCAGUUCAAACACUUCACAUGUAAAUGUAAAUGUGAAGGGAAACCUGAGAAGCAGUUAUUACUCCCACAUGUUGUGAGGAGGACUGUUUAUUCUCUUUUGUGUGACGGUUGCGGUUGUCCACAAUCCUAGUCUUACAGCUGUAAUAGUAAGCGAGUGUCUCUGUACUGCACAGUGGCUCUCCACUAAAAACACUACUGUAUGCCGUAUGCUCUAUAUGUGUGUACCCACAUGUGCAAAUGUAUGUAAAUAUUACAGAAAAUGUAAUACUGUUGUGACUUGGGUGACCUGUGAUUUCUUGUCUUCAUUGCUAACAUUAAUGAGCAUGCUGUAUAUUAAUGUUAAUAUUACAUAAGAAAGGGGGCGCGGUGGCGCAGUGGGUUGGACCACAGUCCUGC